ACUCGAGUCUUGUGACUGGCCUCAUACAGCAGGGAGCUGAGCGCAGGAUAGUUUGGGAGCUGGUUGUGGCGGGGGGUGGGGGGCUUUACAGACCCGGCGGACACUGAGCGCUGAGAAGACAGCCUUCUACUGGUGGACACGGGCAGUGUGGUCUUCAAUAUCCCCCCCAGACUGUGUCAAACUUGGGUCCGGCGGCAGCCUUGACAGGGAGCAGCUUUCACUUUCACCGGCAGUCUCAUUCCUGGUGUAGGGGGGGAUCAGCCCUCAUUGGGAGACACCAUGGACAGCAAGCCCCUGCUUCAGGACCGACCACCAGCCUACAGCCCGCCCGUGCAGGGGGUCUACGACCACGGGCAGCAGAAUUAUGGGACGAUUCCCGGGGCACCCAUGGCAGGAGCCCCAACAGUGUACCCACCUGUAUACCCUCAGAGCUCUGGAACAGGAUAUAUUUCUCCGCCGCAACAAACUUACCCCACCAGUUAUACCAUAAUUCAGCAACCCGCAACAACUACAACAUCUGUUGUGGUAGUCGGAGGGUGCCCUGCCUGCAGGGUUGGUGUUCUGGAAGAAUCAUUUACCUGUCUGGGUUUAUUAUGUGCCAUUUUCUUUUUCCCAAUUGGGAUCCUCUUCUGCCUUGUGUUAAGGCAGCGAAGAUGCCCUAACUGCGGAGCAACGUUUGGCUAACACGAUCAACGGAAAUUGUAGCUCACAAGGGCUUUAUAUCAUAUACGUCUGUUUUCUUCUGUAAAUCUUAUUUUGUGCACAAUCUUUCUCUUUGAUUUAAAUAGCAUAUUUGUAUUGGGGUGAUUACCUUGUGUUUUUGUUUAUUUGUAUCAUUCUCGUUUUCCUGCUUUUUUUUUUUUUUUUUUUUUUGCAUGGGGUAGAAAAAAAUCUCCGUGCCAUAGAUUAAUGUGGAGGUACAGAAUGCCCACAUACUGGUGCCUUUUUUUAGACUGUACAACAAAUCCUGUCUGUCCUCUGUGUUUUAUAAAAUGGAGAACAAAUUCAGUUUCAUUUACUUGUUAUUUGUGUGUUUUGUCCAAUAUGUUUCACUUUCUAUUAUGUCUCUUAAAAAUAAAACCAUAAAAUAAGCA